UGUCACACGGAUCACAUGACAAGGAGUUUUGCUGGAUGGUGGUGAUUGGGUCUGUCUGUGUCACAUGAUGCUGUAUGCUGAGGGCAGGGCAUUGAGGAGCCCUUGAGACGUUUCCAUGCUGUUCCACUAAAGCUCUGAAGGGAUUGUGUGCAGCUCUUUAUUCCUAUACAUGCAGAUCUGUGUGUGUGUGUCCAGGAGGAAAUACUGACAGAGUCAAUGGAUUCAAGCUGCGACUGUUUACAUGCCUUGGGAGUUGGUCUGGGAGUACUGGUAUCAGCUGUACUUAUAUGGACUGCUCAUCGCCUAGGGACUAUCUACCAACUGUUUCACAAGGUUGAAACUCAAAGCCCUUGCCAUGGUGGAGAGGUUGUGGCCAAAGUACUUCAGGCUCAUGGAGUGCGUUAUGUUUUUACCUUGGCUGGUGGACAUAUAUCCCCUAUCCUGGUCGCUAGUGAAAAGCUAGGAAUUCGAAUAGUUGACACAAGACAUGAGGCUACUGCUGUGUUUGCAGCCGAUGCCGUGGCCAGACUAUCAGGCACAGUAGGAGUGGCAGCAGUCACAGCAGGCCCAGGUUUGACCAACACAGUAACAGCCAUUAAGAAUGCUCAGAUGGCAGAAUCUCCAGUGCUGCUGAUAGGAGGAGCCGCAGCCACACUACUACAGGGUCGAGGUGCACUCCAGGACAUAGAUCAGAUGUCACUUUUCAAACCUAUAUGUAAAUCCUGUUCUUCAGUUAGAACUGUACGAGACAUUGUACCUGUGCUUAGGAAAGCAUUGGCUGAGGCCCAGUCUGGAACACCAGGACCUGUAUUUGUAGAAUUUCCUAUCGAUAUUUUGUACCCAUAUCACAUAGUACAUAAAGAACUAUCACCUAAGGGGGCUCCAAAAGGGAUUGUGGGAAAAGCCAUCAGCUGGUACCUGCAAAAUCAUCUGAACAAUUUGUUUGCUGGUGCUUGGGAACCUCGAGAUGUAUCACCACUGCCACUCUCUAUCCCUCAAGCAAGCUCUAUGCAGAUUCAGCAGUGUAUAGAGCUAUUAAGUCGUGCUAAGAAGCCAGUGUUCCUUUUGGGCAGCCAGGUCACAUUACCUCCUAUUCCAGUAGAAACUCUGCGAAAAUCACUGGAGUCUUUGGGUAUUCCUUGUUUCUUGGGGGGUAUGGCCAGAGGCAUGCUGGGAAAAGAAAGCCCUUUGCACAUUCGACAAAACCGCAGGGAAGCUUUAAAGGAAGCAGAUCUUGUCAUUCUGGCAGGCACAGUCUGUGAUUUCCGUCUUUCUUAUGGGCGUGUCCUGAGCCGACGCAGUAAAAUCAUUGCUGUAAAUAGGGACCGUUCGCAGUUACUGAAGAACUCUGAUAUGUUCUGGAAGCCAAGUGUUGCAAUCCAAGGGGAUGCCGGUUCUUUUAUAGUUAAACUCUGUGAGGGACUCAAAGGAUAUACUUGUCCCACUGAAUGGACGGAAGGUCUCAAGGCAGGGGAUGAAACUAAAGAGAAAACUAACCGACAAAGAGCUGAAGACAAAACUGAGAGACAUCUAAAUCCCCUUAAAGUUCUGCAUCUAGUGGACGAUGCUAUGGCGGAGGACAGUAUAAUAGUUGCUGAUGGUGGUGAUUUUGUUGGAAGUGCUGCUUACAUUCUUCGUCCAAGAGGCCCUUUGUGUUGGUUGGAUCCAGGUGCCUUUGGAACUCUUGGAGUUGGAGGAGGAUUUGCACUGGGAGCUAAACUUUGCCGUCCAGAUUCAGAGGUUUGGAUAAUAUUUGGAGAUGGAUCCUUGGGAUACAGUAUUGUAGAGUUUGAUACUUACACACGACAUAAGACUCCUGUGAUUGCUCUUAUUGGAAAUGAUGCCUGUUGGAAUCAGAUUUCUCGUGAACAAGUGCCCAUGUUAGGGAGCAAUGUGGCCUGCAGCCUGGCAUACAGUGAUUAUCAUGUUGCAGCAGAGGGAUUUGGUGGCAAAGGCUUCGUUGUCACCGCCCAAGAUGAAGACCGAAUAAGUGACAUCAUCAAGGAAGCACAGGAGGCCUGUCACAAGGGAAAAGCAGCGCUAGUAAACGUACUGAUUGGAAAGACAAACUUUAGAGAUGGCUCUUUAUCUGUAUAAAACAUGGUCAAUACCCAGAGCCUCUAUGCUUUCUCUUUAAGGCCCUUUCAAUAACAAGCAUAGCAUUUUAAAACAUAGCUGGACCCGUGUGACUACAAUUUAGUAGGACUGUAGCUAAUGGAUUAAUUGAAUAAUGAAUUAUAUUUUGCAGGUAGCAAACCCAAAAUACAAAUAAUAGCAUUUUAUUUUCUUGAACGCACUGACAAUAUAAUUAAUGAGUUGCUGUGAAUAAAUUAACCUUAAUGGGAAAUUAUAUUCUAUCAAAAACAAUAAUUAGGAUUUAUCUCCUGCUAAAGCUCACCCUAACAUUAUUUUUAGUGUAGAGAAUUGUAUGAAUUGUGUGAACAUUUGCAGUAGAUCUCUGAUUUUUAAACUUAUAGGUGUGUAAAUUAUUUUUCUGCAGCUCUCCAGUUUAGUAUUUUAACCUCCAUCUUGGUGCCAGGGUUGCUGAUAUAUACAUUUAAUGCCCAUCUAAAAAUAUAAAAGAUAUUGUGUGCAUAAUACACAUACUUACAAACAGGGUAUAUUUCCUUUCAAAAUAAGAAGGAAAGCCUAAAACAUUUGUUGGGGUGGGGUUAUUUUUUCCUUGGACCAGUCAUGUUUAGACUUUUUUUGUCCUUUAAUUAACUUGGAUAAUAUUUUGUUAAACAUUUAAAUGUGCUGUUCUUAUUGUUAAAAAGAAAAAAAAGCACAUAUAUUAUUCACUUUACAGCUCUGACACCAAACUGUGAUCCUCCAUCUGUUGUUCAACUAUAUUUCCCUUGAACAUGAGGAUAAAUGGAUUUUUGGCUCAGUUUGCAGGACCGCAGUCACAACUUGCUGUACAAAACAAUGUUGUAUUUUGUUUUGCAAGGACAUACCAAAUAUAUACAGUACAGUUAUAAUCCCUUUAUUCACAACUUGCUGUACAAAACAAUAUUUUAUUUUGUUUUGCAAGAACAUACCAAAUAUAUACAGUAAAGUUAUAAUUAUUUUAUUAACAACAAGUGGGUUUCAAGAUAUUGUAUUGAACAUAAAGGGUUAUUAUAAUAUGGUGCUAACCCAAAUGUAUAUAUGGAGAGUAGUUUCCAGUGUUUGGGGCAGGUACAAUGAUGGCCUGUUACUUUACCCUGUCACAUGCCUUUGACCAAAUAAAAUCUAUGGACAUCACCCUUGGUGAUGCAUCCAAUCAGAGUGGGGAUUCCUGUGAUGUUAGCCAAGGGCCUACCUUACUUCCACUGAUAUAACUGGUAAGGCUCCUGAACAUCCAACAUUGAUUUUUGCUGAAGCCAAUUGUAGUGAGCCGUCCCAAGCCAUCAGCAUUGAUAUCACAGGAUCUUACCUGCCUAUCUCAGGAAGUGGGUUGUAUUGCUGAUGUUGCUAGCACCUAACUAGAUCAUACUGUGCAAAACCGUUUUCUGUGUGGCCUCAACCAAAAGGGGCUUUUCUUAUAAGCGGCAACAGCCUAUAGGUUUAUAGACCAGGUUAAGUAAUCUAUCACCAUUGUUAACAUGAUAUGGGAAUUAUGUUUAACUGUCAAGUGAAUAUAGCACAUGGCAUUCUGGUAACACAACCUUCAUCUACCUGUGUAUAGAUAAUGGUUUGGAACAGUAGGGUUAUAAAGGGAAAAUGAUGCAUGUAGGGAUUUGCUGCUUUUAGAUGACUAUUUUUAAUCUAAUUUCGGACUGAGACAUUUUUAUUUUAGUGAUAGGUUUCCAUAGAAGGACUAAUGUAAAAGCCUGUCCCAGUGUGUAAGCCAUUAGCAUAAAGGACCUCAUGAACUGAAGCACAGCAGUUAAUAAUAACAUGUUUGAAGCUUUUGCCAUCUUUGAUAUUUUCUGAAUCAUUAAUCUUGUUUGCUAAUUGAAUUUAUGUUCUCAAAAGCACUAACCAAGACAGAAAAAUGCAGAUUGGCUGGAGGAUUUAAUUGUUGGGUCCCAGUUGUAUUUUUGCAGUACAGUAAGGACAUUCAACCCCUCUGUGGUUUUCCAAAUAACCCACAAAGGCCUAAAUACUGUCCAUUUUUAAUUGUUAGUAUUAGUCACAUGGUUUCUUUUUAACAUAGAGUCUAUAAUCAAUGUAAACCCAAUAUACUACUUCUAUGGUCAGUGAAUUCUUCCUAUUCUUUUGUUCAGCUUUUGUCAUUAGUGUUUAAAUUUGUGUAUAAUUCCUCUUGGAGUCAGAGCAAGAUUUAGUACUGAGAUGUGUAACAAGUUACUCCCUCCAAACUGUCUUGCUUGUGACUCUACAUGAGUAAUGCAUCCUAUGAUGCAAUAUGUCGGAGAAAACAACCGCCACAUUGGAUUGGCUAAAUAGGCAUACUGUACCAACAGGCGGCCUAAUUUUCCCUUGUAUGAGGUCAUCGAUGACUUGCGACUGCAUUGGGGGGGGGGGGGUUGAGACGCUAAAGAUCUCACAGGUCAGAUUUCUCUUCCAGAAACAGUACAAAUGGAUUGGGCAUUGUUUACUAAAUGGCAAUUAUAGCCUUUUCUACCCACAUCUAUAAUCUCAAACGAUAUGCUACAUGCUAGAUCAUUUUUAAUAUGUUUUUCAAAUGUGUUGAUCUUACAUUUUUUGUAAAAGACUUCUGUAAUCUUUAUAAAUCUGUAUAAAUUAAAUCAACAAGAUUCAAAUAAACUAUUUCAACAGAA